UACUCUCGUUUAUUAUUUGGAAAUCAUAUACAUACAUAGUAGGAAAUAUAUAAUGUGGAAGGGUAGACUUGCAAAGUUACUCUGCUUAUUUUUAUUUAUGAUAUAUGUGGAGAUAAAUAAAGCAUUGCAAAACUGCUGAUUUGAUCCAUUCAGAUCCUGACCACCAGGCUAGAGAUUUUAAACAUCCUUAAUCCACAUUUACUAGUCUGUCAAAUAAUAUCUAAAAUAUAUUGUUUUGUGAAAAAUAAAUGAUGCUUUGUUCUAUUGUUUAUGCGGAAAAGUGUUCACAGAAAGUGUCAAUCACAUGAACGUUUUAUAUGCAGAAUAAGAGGUCAGCAGCGCGCUGCAACGGGUGCUUGACGGAUUCGCCCCACACAUACGCAAACGCACUGCAUACGGAGUAUUUGUGAAACAGGAGUUAGAUAAAAAAAAAUGCAUUCAAUUAAUUGAUAACAAAUUAACGUCAUCAACGAAAUUCUUAACAAUCAAUUAUCGAUCGUCGAUUAAUUAUGCCCAUCCCUAGUGGAGACCAGAAAUUGGUAAGAUAAAUAUCAGUAUGUCAGAAGUUUAGAAUGUCACAUUUUAUUAACCUUUGUUUAUGUUUCAACACAUACAUGCUUUAACAACAAAGAACAACAGCAUUAAAUGCUGACUUAUGUAUGUUGUACACAAAUGCACAUACGUGAAUCAAACUGAUCCUACACAUUUUAUGCUUUUCAUGUGUAAACAAUCAGGACACAGCUAAGUGACCAUUAAAAAAAAAUAAUGUGACAGAUUCUGUACUUUUGUCUCAUGUUCAUCUUUUAAUGUUUAGACAUUUCUUGACUACACAACAAACAGAAGAAUACUUAUGAAGGGCACUUCUACAGUAUGUGUAAAACUCCAACAUACACAAACAGUACAGAAAAAAGUAGGGAUGCACGAUAUUUAUCGGACAGAUAAAUUAUGGGCCGAUAUGGGCGGGAAUGACGUCAUUUUUAUCGAUCCGAUAAACAACUAAAAUCCGAUAACUACAUCCGAUACAGUACGAUUGCUGGUAAAUCAAUAAAUCUGUCUGCUUUAUCCUCUUUCCGGAACUGACUACACCUCAAACUGUCGCGCUCAUUAUGCGCUCAACUGUCGCGCUUACCACGUCAUCAUCUGUAAACAAACAUGUCUUCGCCGGUCUGGAAGUUUUUCUCGGUGGCAGUGGAGGACAAUGCUUUUGCUAUUUGCAAAAAAUGUUCAGCAAGGGUUCCGAGAGGAGGAAAAAAUUCGUCAAGUUUCAACACAUCCAAUCUUAUAUCGCACUUGAGAGGUCGUCAUCGCGGCGAAGAUGUACUGAAAGAAUACGAAGCCGCGGCAGCUGCAGCUAAAGUUAAUAGCGCGAAGGCUAAAACACCGAGCGUCACUGUACCCAUUCAGCGAGCAUUUGAAAAUGCUAAAAAGUUUUCCAGAGACAGCGAAAAGGCAAAAGCUAUAAACGACAAAGUGAUCGAAUUUAUAGUCCUCGACGACCAACCGUUCUCCGUAGUAGAGGAUCUGGGUUUUCGCGGAUUAGUACAGCAUUUGGAGCCACGUUACACCCUUCCAAGCCGCCGCUUCUUCUCUGAUGUUUCCCUCCCUGCUUUGUAUGAGUCAGUCGCCACACACAUUCAUAAUUUGAUCGACAAAAAUGGACUACACAUAAGUUUCACCACGGACAUCUGGACAUCUGAUGUUAGUCCGGUGAGUAUGCUUAGUUUAACGGCUCAGUGGUUGGAUGAACAUUUUAACAUGCAGAAAGUUCUGCUGCACGCACAGGAGUGCUCCGGAUCGCAUACCGGGGCAAUGAUAUGCGAAGCUUUUGAAGCAAUGUUAGAACGGUGGAGUAUAACAAAAGACAGAGUGCAUGUUGUCCUUCGGGAUAAUGCACGCAAUAUCAUCAAGGCCAUGCAGGACUGUGAGCUUGCAAGCUUGGGCUGUAUGGCACACACCUUACAGCUCGCGGUAAACGAGGCUGUGCUGAGCCAGAGAAGCAUAACAGACUGUAUUUCGAUCUGCAGAAAGAUGGUAGGCCACUUCAAACAUUCACAAGUUGCCACCUCCCGUCUGCAAGACUUGCAAAAACAACUGGGCAUGAAAGAGACGAGGCUUCAACAAGACGUGCCCACCAGAUGGAACAGCACGUUCUAUAUGCUGAGAAGUUUGUUGGAUCAGAGGCGAGCCCUUGCAGCAUAUGCGGUAGAUUUUCAAUUACCUGCUUUUUUGAGCAUACAACAAUGGACAUUAAUUGAAAACAUGAUGACCAUUCUUGACCCAUGUGAACAGCUGACAAGAGACAUCAGCUCAUCUACAGCCACAGUAGCUGAUGUGAUCCCCUCCAUUGUAGCAUUAAAACGUCUGUUAAACAAGACCGUUGCAACAGAUCAUGGAGUUAAAACUUCAAAGACCACUCUACUGCAAGCCAUAGAACAGCGAUUCAGUCAUAUCUAUGGAGAGCCCCUGUUUUAUCUUGCUACAAUCUUGGACCCCAGGUAUAAGGACUGCUAUUUUGACCAACCAAUGAAAAGAGAAGUAACAGAAAAAUUGCAGACCAUGAUGAGCUGUGCAUCAGAGAAUGCGGAUGAACCAAAAGUUAAAAAGACCAAGACAGAUGGUGGCAAUGUUUCCUUGCUAGCAAUGUAUGAAGAAAUCCUUCAAGAAAACUAUGAUGUCACGAAAGAGAUGACCCAAAGCCGAACAGAGGGGCAGAUAAACGUGUACCUCUCGGAGCCCCCAAUUCCUAGAUCAGAGAGCCCCUUGGAAUACUGGAAACGCAACAAAUCCCAGUUCCCAGACCUUGCUUCACUUGCAAGGAAAUACCUGUCAGCCCCUUGCACCAGCAUUGACAGUGAACGCUUAUUUUCUGCUGCUGCAAAUGUUAUGGAUGAAAAAAGAAACCGAAUUGGAUGUGAGAAGGCAGAGAUGCUUUUGUUUAUCAAAAAAAAUCUGCCACUAAUGCCUAAUGUAACAAAUAGAAAAGAUGAUGGACAUUAAACAGAGAAGUGAAAAAUGUGCA